AAUGCCGACAAAUAGCGCAGACGGACCGAACCAUUUCAAUGACAUAGUGACUUUGGCUUUGUUAGGACGCACUUUUCAUAUAAAGCCUGUCUUACCUACACGGCUCAUAUUCCUUAGCAUUCAUCUAUCUACAAACACAGGACCAUUCAUCACUUCAACUUUUCUAUCUAUCUUUAUAUCUUACAUCAUGGCCACUACUGAGUCCGUACGUACCGAGGACAUCGUCUUCAUCAACGAGGCCCAGUAUGCCAAUGUCAAAGCCGGCGUCGAGGCUGAGGACAUCGUCUUCAUCAAUGAGGCCCAGUAUGCCAAUGUCAAAGCCGGCGUCGAGGCUGAGGACAUCGUCUUCAUCAAUGAGGCCCAGUACGCCAAUGUCAAAGCCGGCGUCGAGGCUGAAGACAUCGUCUUCAUCAACGAGGCCCAGUAUGCCAAUGUCAAAGCCGGCGUCGAGGCUGAGGACAUCGUCUUCAUCAAUGAGGCCCAGUACGCCAAUGUCAAAGCUGGCGUCGAGGCUGAAGACAUCGUCUUCAUCAAUGAGGCCCAGUACGCCAAUGUCAAAGCCGGCGUCGAGGCCAAAGAUAUUGUCUUCAUCAACGAGGCCCAGUAUCUUAGUGUAUGCGCGUAG